AUGGAAAAUGUAUGUUCUGAAUAUGGGAAAUGUUUUACCAGAAAAGCAUAUGUUUUAAGACAUCAGAAAAUUCGAACAGGAGAGAAAGCAUUUUCUUGUUUUGAAUGUGAGAAGCGGUUUACUGUGAAAUCAAAUUUUAUUAGAAAUCAGAAAAUUCAUACAGGAGAGAAAGCAUUUUCAUGUUCUGAAUGUGGGAAGUGUGUUACUGACAAAUCAACUCUCAUUGACCGUCAGAAACUUCAUACAGGAGAGAAAGCAUUUUCAUGUUUUCAAUGUGGGAAAUGUUUUAGUCAGAAAUCACUUCUAAUUAGACAUCAGAAAAUUCAUACAGGAGAGAAAGCAUUUUCAUGUUUUCAAUGUGGGAAAUGUUUUAGUCAGAAAUCACAUCUUAUUAGACAUCAGAAAAUUCAUACAGGAGAGAAAGCAUUUUCAUGUUCUGAAUGCGGGAAAUGUUUUACUGAAAAAGCAACUCUUAUUACACAUCAGAAAAUUCAUACAGGUGAGAAAGCAUUUUCAUGUUCUGAAUGUGGGAAAUGUUUCACUUACAAAUCAACUCUCAUUGCCCAUCAGAAAAUUCAUACAGGAGAGAAAGCAUUUUCAUGUUUUCAAUGUGGGAAAUGUUUUAGUCAGAAAUCAUAUCUUAGUGGCCAUCAGAAAAUUCAUACAGGAGAGAAAGCAUUUUCAUGUUCUGAAUGUGGGAAGUGUUUUGCUCAGAAAUCAACUCUUAUGAAGCAUCAGAAAAUUCAUACAGGAGAAAAACCAUUUUCAUGUUCUGAAUGUGGGAAGUGUUUUACUUACAAACCAACUCUCAUUAACCAUCAGAAAAUUCAUACAGGAGAGAAAGCAUUUUCAUGUUCUGAAUGUGGGAACUGUUUUAGUCAGAAAUCACAUCUUAUUAGGCAUCAGAAAAUUCAUACAGGAGAGAAAGCAUUUUCAUGUUCUGAAUGUGGAAAAUGUUUUAAUCAGAAAUCAUAUCUAAUUACACAUCAGAAAAUUCAUACAGGAGAAAAAGCAUUUGCAUGUUCUGAAUGUGGUAAACGUUUUAAUCUGAAAUCACAUUUGACUACACAUCAGAAAGUUCAUACAGGAGAGAAAGCAUUUUCAUGUUCUGAAUGUGAGAAGUGUUUUACUCACAAAUCAACUCUUAUUAAACAUCAGAGAAUUCAUACAGGAGAGAAAGAUUUUUCAUGUCUUGAAUGUGGGAAAUGUUUUAAUCGGAAAUCAAAUCUUAUUGGCCAUCAGAAAAUUCAUACAGGAGAGAAAGCAUUUUCAUGUUCUGAAUGUGAAAAAUGUUUUUUUGAAAAAUCAGCUCUUACGAGACAUCAGAAAAUUCAUUCAGGAGAGAAAGCAUUUUCAUGUUCUGAAUGUGGGAAAUGUUUUACUCUGAAAUCACAUCUUAGUGGCCAUCAGAAAAUUCAUACAGGAGAGAAAGCAUUUUCAUGUUCUGAAUGUGAGAAGUCUUUUAUUGAG